AACAACACAGGCAGCAGCAUAGAUUUCUGGAAAUACAACGCCGGAUGUUUAGCUUCUAUAAUAGAAUUUAUAAUAGUUUUUAAAAAUCUAUUUAAAUCCUUUAUGCUGUAUUUCUUAGCGACGUCGGGGCAGGUAACUUUAAACCUCGCUGAGAGGCGAUGUAAUAGCACAGUAAUGUCAACCAGCCACUGUUAGCAAGGUGUCAGAUGCUAGCAGAGCUAGCUAACGUAUGUGAUAGCCGGCGGCUAGUUGUAGAAAGUUGUUUUAGAGAAGCUUUUGGGGGAGAAUAACGUAAUGUCGACAAGCAGCUGAACAUUUUUGUGUAUUAGGUGUAAGUCAACAAGGCAACCAACCGGCACAGUCCGAUGUGUUUAUAUCCGUUAGCGCCGUUGCGUGGUUGAAAUUCAAGCUAGCAGGCGAACGCUGAGUUAGCUUAGCUGCUACUUAAACGACAACAUCCACCAAACUGGACAAAACAUUGGAUUUAGUCGGGUUUAAGUCGGGUUCGGCGGGUUCGCUGACCCCUCAGAAGAAGAUGAAGAAGAGGAAGGAGCUGAAUGCCUUGAUUGGACUGGGGGAUAGUAAGAGAAAGAAGACCAAAAAGGGGUCCGGUCACCGACUUCUCCGAACAGAGCCACCGGACUCCGAGUCUGACUCGAGCUCGGACGACGACGAGUUCAACAACCUGAGCGGCGGAGCCAACUUUGGGAAAAGAAGCUACACGCAGUGCUGCAAUGUGUGCUAUCCCUUGUUUCUGUUCAUCAUACUAGCUGCCUGUGUCAUGGCCUGUGCUGGACUCAUAUGGAUGCAGAUUGCUCUGAAAGAGGAUCUUGACUCACUGAAAGAAAAGCUGCACAGCAUGGAAUCCAGCCAGAAGGUGUCAUCAAGUGAAAUCCCAAAACUAAGUGAGGACCUGAAGAACAAGGAGAGAAAGCUUGAUGACAUUGAGAACGGGGACAAGGGGUUGAGCAAACUCUGGUCCAACUUAACAGAAAUGAACAGAAAGAUCAGCUUGCUGGACUCUGCUGUAAACCAUUUAAAGGCCAACUUGAAAUCAGCUGCUGAUUUAAUCAGCCUUCCCACAACAGUUGAAGAGCUUCAAAAGAGCGUUGCUACAAUUGGCAGCACACUAACAAGUGUCCAGCACGAUGUGAAGACUAUGCAGGCUGCUCUUGAAAAUCAGAAGAAAGAUGACGACUUGAAGAAGACAAUGGACAUAAUGGACCUGAAGAAAGCAGUGAGUGAGGCUAACAAGACAGAGGAGCAGCACCAUACAUGGACUGCUGAGCAGAUCCACAUCCUCCUCUCCACAGUCACAGAUCUACGUCAGAGAAUGGACUCAUUAGAAGACAGGUCAAAAGACAGCGUGAGUCAUGUGAAAGACAAAGACGCAGCAGUUCAACCGGCAAUCACGAGUGAAACUCCAGCAACUGAGAAGGUGAAAGAAGCUACAACAACCAAAGCAACACCUGGAGAUGUGCAAGAGAUAUCCACGCCAAUGACAGAGCCGCACACUAGCAGGCGUCCACGCUUCUUAACUCCAAACCGCACCAAGAGAAAUGCUAAGACAAGAUGCCCAGAGAGGGUGUCCCUGCCUGGUGUCAGUUCUCUGAAAGACUUGGAGGACGUCUUCCAACAGGCAGGUGUUGGACAUAAUUCACUCGGAUUAAUUUACCAAGACCUGAGGAAAGUGUUUGGAACAUCAACUCCCAAUGCUCGUACCUUGGAGUGCUUUGACAAUGACGGGGACCAGAGAUACUCCCUGAUGGAGCUGAGAGCUGCUUUAGGUUUGUGAGCACAUUAUCACUGACAGCAGUGAACAGUAUUGAAACCCAGCGGGGUCUAGGGGUUCGGAGUUCCCGACCCUCUUCUGUAAUUGCUGCACUUUUGUGAACUGAAUAUUUAUCAUAUUGAUUGUGGAACAGUGGCGCUGGCAUGCCCCCAACUCACUCCCCUCCCCUCGGUCCAUUUCAACUCGUCAGCCACAAAGAAUUAUCUUAAAUUUGAAAAGUAAUCAGUAUACCUGUAUGCAGAAUAUUCAGCUGUUAUUUUAGCAAAUCCCUUGGUUUAUAUGAAUAAACCAUAAAAAAUAAGUGUUGUGAAUUAUUUUGAAUCCCGUUUUCCACUCAGUUCUCAAACUUGCUGUUUUCCUGCACCUGUGUUUUGUUCUUUUUAACCAGUCUGUUUCAUCUUGAUGUAACAUUUCUGUGUGUUUAGCUUCUGUGGAGGCUGUAAAUGUCAGUCUGUUGCAGAUGUCCCCACCCAUCAACAUAAACACCUGGUACAACUCACCUGAACCUUAUUUAUAGAACACCAGAUAGAAUUUUAUGAAUGUUUACAAAUGACUACUAGUAACAGACUUUUUGUGAGACUUUGGUUUUGUUUUUAGACGGUUUCCUAACUUAUCUGAAACACACAAUUGAGCAUAAGAAUAAAGAUUUUUGUAUGCUCUUUUAUAAGAUGAAUCUAAAGUUUCUUAUUCCUUUUUCCUGUCGUUGAGUGUUUUCUCAUUAAUCUUCAGUUAGUUGCAAUUGGGAUUAUGUGUUUAGUCCAUCUGUACAGUUGUUUGAUCUGUAGGUUUUUUUUUUUGCUUGUUUUUGCUGUUUUCAGUUCUACAAGAUUUGAAGGGCUAUGAACACUUAGAAUCAACUGGGAAGAAUUUUGAAAUGGUAACUUGUGAGGCAUAUGUAGCAAUAACAAAAUGACGUAGAUAUUUCUUGAUUAAAAUUGCAGUAGGCAGAAAGCUCACAAUUUGUAACAGGUAGUAUAAGAAGCACUGACCAUCACUCUUUACUUGAUUCAUUUUAUUCAGUUUCUAUGGACCUAAUAAUGGUGUAUUUACAUAAUAAGUUUGUCAUACUCAAACAUUGUACUCUGUAAAAAUGGUGUAAAAGUAUUUUCAGCCGAUUAUCUUGUGAAGGGGGUUGGGUUGGUAACAUUUGCUUUACGGUCUUAAUCUCAACAUUGUACAUUUUUAAAAUAAUUCUGUUGUGCUUUGCAUGUUGCUUAUAAUGUAACAUGAACAAAUAAUUUAUAAACUUAACAUAGUUGAGGACUUGUUUUUGCAGGGCAAUGGUUAGUUGAGCUCAAAAUGUAAAGUAGCUUUGGCCAUCAUGACUUAGAUUUUGGGUCCACGCCGCUACUGUACACGAGAGAUUUUAUGAAUGUGUUUUUGUGUGAGCACCAAUGAAUAAACACACAGUUAAAGGUU